AUGAAGGCCAUCAGACGGUCUCUCAAAGGGGAAAAAGACCCCAAACCCCACCACCACCACCUCUCCAUAACCCCCAAGUCCGCCAUUGCGAUUCUGCCUCCGAAAAAGGUUAUCAAGGCUCUUUACGACUACCAACCAGAACCCGGGAAUUCCCAGGAGUUGGCGUUUAGCAAGGGAGACUUCUUUCACGUCAUCAGCAGGGAGGACGACUUGGAUUGGUACGAAGCGUGCAAUCCCCUCAUCCCUAGUGCCAGGGGGUUGGUUCCUGUGUCCUUUUUCGAAGUCAUUGGCAAGAACGAAAGAAACAGUGGGGGAUCAGUAGACCUUCAUAAGAAGAAAGAGCAUCACGACUCGGGCUUCUCAGAUCGAGCUUCAGCGACCUUCUCCGGACCAGACUCCGUUAUCUCGCCAAAGCAGAACGUUUUUCCCAGAAUGUCGACUUUGGGAAAGGGCUCGAGCCCCAUGGUCUAUGGCAUUGUGCAGUACGAUUUUCAGGCUGAGCGACCUGAUGAACUUGACGCUAAAGCGGGUGAAGCGAUCAUCGUCAUUGCUCAGUCAAAUCCAGAAUGGUUUGUCGCAAAGCCUAUCGGUCGUCUGGGUGGCCCCGGUCUCAUCCCUGUGUCUUUCAUCGAACUCAGGGACAUGCAAUCGGGCCAGGCAGUGACAGACCCUCUAGAGGCCGUUCGACGUGCCGGGGUGCCCAAGGUGGAGGAGUGGAAGAAAAUGACCGCAGAGUACAAAAAUAGCAGUAUCACCCUGGGCAAGAUUGAUACGGUCGGGUCCCCCAUGCAGUCUGCCACCUCUGGAGCCGAGAAGACGUCCGCGGGCCACCAAAGUAUGGGCCAUUUGAGCCAGAAUGGCAACACUUAUGGAUACCAUAGUCGCAACGCUAGCAAAGCGUCCGUCGCACAACACAUGUCUCAACCCCCGCCGCAAAACCACCAUCGCCAGUCCCUCGUGGCUCCGGUAUCGGCGUCAAUCCCACGUUACUGUUUCGAUAAUGAUAAAUACUGGUACAUCAUCGAGGCGAAGAUGGAAGAUGGCCGCUGCUGGGAAUUGUCUCGAUACUAUCACGACUUUUACGAUUUCCAAAUUGCCCUUUUGACCCAGUUUGAGGAAGAAGCUGGCAAUCGAGGGAAGGCGAGAACACUACCUUUCAUGCCUGGUCCCGUUACGCACGUUACGGAUGCCAUCUCCAAUGGACGCCGACAGAACCUGGACGAGUACAUCAAAAAACUCUUAUCUAUGCCUCCUCACAUUUCCCGCUGUCAACUGGUUCGACAGCUUUUUGCCCCACGUGCGGGUGAUUUUGAGAUCGACCCCAACGCAUUUGGCGAGGAUACUCGCUUCUCCGGCGGCUCACAUCAGUCAUCCAUGCAGGAACCACCACGGAGCGCGUCCCGCCAGUCUUCUCAAGCUCAAAUGAAUGCACACCAGCGGGGACAACUCUCCGUAUCCCACAGCAAUGGCGGUCCUCCACCGAUGAACCGACAGCCGAGCUCGAUCACACAGGUCUCGACCACGUCGAGUAGUGGCGCAAUGAAGGUCAAGGUAUUUUUCCAGGAUGAUCUCAUUGCCAUACGAGUCCCCAGCGACAUCAGCGUCCUGCAGCUUAAGGAAAAGCUCGUGGAUCGCCUCAAAAUACAAGAAGAUAUUGCGGUGCAGUACAAAGAUGAACCGUCUGGCACAUACAUUGAUCUUGUCAGCGAUAGUGAUCUUGACACUGCCAUCCAACGCAACUCCAAACUCACACUCUACGUUGGUCUCGUUUAA